AUCAACACCACCCAAUUCACUAACAUUCUGUCAGUCAUUUCAUCAAACACCAAGACUACCACAUUCUCUGUCCGGUUUCCAUUACUUUUUCUCAGUCAAUUAAGCAAAGAAACCGAGGUUUGUUUUAGAGAUUUGAGGAGAUGAAGAUCGCCGUGAGAGAAUCGACGAUGGUGAGGCCGGCGGAGGAGACGCCGAUGAUAAAACUAUGGAACUCCAACGUCGAUUUGGUAGUCCCCAAUUUUCACACACCGAGUGUGUAUUUCUACCGGCCCACCGGCGCCGGCAACUUCUUCGAUCCGACGGUGAUGAAGGAUGCUUUGAGCCGGGUGUUGGUUCCGUUUUACCCGAUGGGAGGACGAUUAUCGAGAGAUGAAGAUGGCCGGAUCGAAAUUGAUUGUCGAGGCCAAGGCGUGUUGUUCGUUGAAGCGGAAUCCGAUGGCAUGAUCGACGAUUUCGGCGAUUUUGCUCCGACGUUGGAGCUCCGGAAACUUAUUCCGGCGGUCGAUUACUCCCUCGGAAUCGAAUCGUAUUCGUUGCUGGUCUUGCAGGUGACUUACUUCAAAUGCGGUGGCGUCUCGCUUGGAGUCGGGAUGCAACACCAUGCCGCCGAUGGUGCAUCGGGGCUGCACUUCAUCAACGCGUGGUCUGAUAUGGCUCGAGGCCUUGACCUCACCCUACCGCCCUUUAUCGACCGAACCCUCCUCCAGGCCCGCGACCCGCCGGUUCCCGUCUUUGAGCACGUCGAAUACCAGCCCGCUCCACCGAUGAAAUUGGCACCCAAAUCGGCAUCGGACGAAACCGUUGUCUCGAUGUUCAAGCUAACCCGAGACCAACUUAACGGGCUAAAAGCGAAAUCAAAGGAAGACGGAAACACGAUUAACUACAGCUCCUACGAGAUGUUAUCGGGCCAUGUUUGGCGGAGCGUGUGUAAAGCCCGCGGGCUGAAGGAUGAUCAGGACACCAAGCUGUACAUCGCCACUGAUGGACGGGCCCGCCUUCAACCCGCACUGCCCGCAGGAUAUUUCGGGAACGUGAUUUUUACCACCACUCCGAUAGCGGUGGCUGGAGAACUUCAAUCGAAGCCAACGUGGUACGCCGCCAGUAAAAUCCACGACGCUUUGGCGAAGAUGAACAACGAUUAUCUGAAAUCGGCGCUCGACUAUUUGGAACUACAGCCUGAUCUUAAGGCUCUGGUUCGUGGUGCCCAUACGUUUAAAUGCCCGAAUCUUGGGAUAACGAGUUGGGCUCGGCUCCCGAUUCACGACGCAGAUUUCGGAUGGGGUCGACCCAUAUUCAUGGGACCCGGUGGGAUCGCUUUUGAAGGUCUGAGUUUCGUGUUACCAAGCCCGAUCAACGAUGGGAGCUUGUCGAUCGCCAUUUCGCUGCAAUCCGAACACAUGAAGCUUUUCAGCAAGUUCUUGUACGACAUCUAAAACUUCCAAUACAUUCGUUAUGAUUUUUUCAUUGUCGUAAAGUUUUUAAUCGAAGCUCGUAAAAUAUGAUACCGAAAGGGAAAAACUUAUGUUAAAACCCGACCAUAAGUAGCUCGAUUGGUUAGAGCGUUGUUAAAUUGGAAGAGAUUGAUGUUAAAACGGGCUCGUGAGUAAAAUCUGGUAUCGUUGUUAUAGCGUUGUUAAUCAAACUAGCCCAAUAUGACUCAUACUGAAAUGGUUGAUUAACCCAGUAUUAUCUCACACUGAAAUGGAGUCCGGAAGGUAAUAUGUAAGCAAAUUUGACUUCUACUGCAAUUGUCACACUUGGAGCUUAAUAGGCU